AUGUCAUCAUUUAAAUUAGCUUCAGACUUGCCAGCUUGGAAAGAAUUGGAACAACUCUACAAGAAAGAAGGUGAAAAAUUCGAUGUUAGAGCAGCAUUUGCCAAAGAUCCAAAAAGAUUUGAUGAAUUUUCCCGCAUUUUCACCAACUACGAUGACUCAAAGAUUCUUUUUGACUUUUCUAAAAACUUGAUCAAUCAGGAAAUUCUUGACAAAUUGAUUCAAUUGGCCAAGGAGGCUGGUGUGGAAAAAUUGAGAGAUGAGAUGUUUGCCGGUGAUCACAUCAACACCACUGAAGAUAGAGCAGUUUACCACGUUGCCUUGAGAAAUGUCAAGAAACACAAAAUGCCAGUUGACGGUAAGGACACAACUCAAGAAGUUUGGGACGUUUUGAACCACAUGAAAGAAUUUUCCGACCAAGUUAGAGAUGGAGAAUGGAAAGGUUACACCGGAAAAGCCAUUACUGACGUGGUCAACAUUGGUAUUGGAGGUUCAGACCUUGGUCCAGUUAUGGUUACUGAAGCUUUGAAAUAUUACAGCAAGCCAGGUUUGAAUGCUCACUUUGUGUCAAACAUUGAUGGAACUGAUAUCGCUGAAGUGUUGAAAAAAGUUAACCCAGAAACAACAUUGUUUUUGAUUGCUUCAAAGACAUUUACUACUGCUGAAACAAUCACCAAUGCCACUUCUGCAAAGAAAUGGUUUUUGGAACACGCCAAAGAUACCAAAUACAUUGCUCAACAUUUUGCAGCUUUGUCCACAAAUGAAAAGGAGGUCAUCAAAUUCGGAAUUGAUCCCAAGAAUAUGUUCGGCUUUGAAAGCUGGGUCGGUGGACGUUACUCGGUUUGGUCUGCCAUUGGUUUAUCAGUCGCCAUCUACAUAGGGUUUGACAACUUUGAAAAGUUUUUAGCUGGUGCUGAAGCUGUUGAUGAGCAUUUCUUGAAAACUCCAUUGGAAAAUAACAUCCCAGUACUUGGUGGUUUGAUUUCUGUUUGGUACAACAACUUCUUCAAUGCCCAAACUCACUUGGUUGUGCCUUAUGAUCAAUACUUACACAGAUUCCCAGCCUAUUUGCAGCAGUUGUCUAUGGAAUCAAAUGGUAAGUCUGUCACCAGAGCCAAUGUUUUCACAAACUAUCAAACUGGUACCAUCUUGUUUGGUGAACCUGCUACCAAUGCUCAGCACUCGUUUUUCCAAUUGGUCCAUCAAGGUACCAAAUUGAUUCCAGCUGAUUUUAUUUUGGCUGCUCAAUCCCACAACCCUAUUGAAAACAACAAGCACCAAAAGAUGUUGGCAUCAAACUUUUUCGCCCAAUCAGAAGCUUUGUUGAAAGGAAAGAGUGAAGAGCAAGUUAAGGCUGAAGGUACUACUGGAGGUUUGAUUCCACACAAGGAAUUUAGUGGUAACAGACCCACCACUUCCAUCUUGGCUCAAAAGAUUACACCAGCUGCAUUGGGAGCAUUGAUUGCUUAUUAUGAACAUGUCACAUUCACUGAAGGUGCCAUUUGGAACAUCAACUCGUUUGACCAAUGGGGUGUUGAGUUGGGUAAAGUUUUGGCCAAGGUCAUUGGAACCGAGUUGGAGGAUAAGAAAUCAGUUGGUUCUCAUGAUCCAUCUACCAACGGUUUGAUCAAUACUUUCAAACAAUGGGAGUAG